ACUCCAGGACAUACGGCCCAGCCAUGCCAGCCCAGCCCCUGAAACCAAGAUGACGGUGGCCGACUUCCGAGAGAAGGUGGUCACCGAGCUGGUGAAGACAGAGAGAGACUAUGUCCGGGAUAUCAAGCUGUGCCAAGAGGGGUUCAUGACUGUGCUGAAAGACAAACAGGACAUCAUCAGUGAGAUUCUCGUCCGCCAGCAGCUGGAAGAGAAUGGGAGAUCCGGAGAGAAGAAACCGACUAAAGGUCUGGAGUUGGAGAUUCUGUUUGGGAAUAUGGAGCAGGUGAUUGACACGGCCGAGAGGUUCUUGAAAGACCUGGAAGAGACAACGGAAGGGAAGAUGCCGGAGGAGCAGCUAGUGGGUCAAGUGUUCAUGCGGUAUAGCAACGACUUGCACAAAGUCUACGCAGAGUAUUGCCGUAACCAUGACGAUGCAACUGCAUUACUUGAAAAGUACGAAGAGAACGAUGAAGUUCAGGAGUACAUCAACCAGGGUCUAGAACUUGUCAGGCAGAGUACCAACUGCUGGGAUCUGGCAUCGUUUCUUAUCAAACCAGUCCAGAGAAUCCUCAAGUAUCAACUCCUUCUUGCUGAACUUGACAAGUAUUCUGAUGAUAGUUUUCCUGACAAGCCCAACUUACAGGAAGCCAUACAAACAAUGACAGAAGUAGCCACAGCCAUUAAUGAAUUCAAGAGGAGAAAGGACUUAGUGAUGAAGUACCGACGGCCAGGGCAAGAGGCAAUCACUGACAAGCUGGGCAGAAUAAGUCUGCAUUCGAUACGGAAGAAAUCGCAACGCAUCAAUCAACGAUUUACUCAGAUGACGGGUCUUACAACACAGACCGUUGAUGGGGAAUUUGACCAGAUGGAGAGAAGGUUCCGCAACCUGGAGAAGACCAUCAGGAUUUAUGUCAAAGACAUCAACGCCUACCUAGAACAACUCAAGGAUGCCACGUCCUCCGAGGCAGCCGUUGGCAGUGACAUUUCAGACUACUACGCCAGCCAAUCCAACCUGCAUGAAGUCAACAAAUACGAAGCCGUGCAGCGACACCUAGCCAACAAACUCUACAAAGAUUAUACGUUAUUUGUUCAACAACGGGUCAUAUCUCCACUCAACGGUCUGCUGAUCAUGUUCCAAGGUCCGCACAAGCUGAUCCAGAAGAGAUAUGACAAGCUCCUCGAUUACGACAGCUUCAGCAACAAGCUAGAAAAGAACAAGGAUAAAGAUCGUGUCAAACAGCACAAAAGCAAGGAGAAGGACCUGGAGGACAGUGACGACGACGCCACGUCAGUCGGCAGCCACAAACGGCUGAAGGAGAAACCCCGGAAGGAGCUCAAGGAUGAGAAGGACGUCGCUCGGAAGAACUACGAAGCCCUGAACAUUCAGCUGAAGGACGAGCUGCCCAAACUCUGCGACAUGGGCUUGUCUCUCUUCAAGAGCUGCGUGGUGUCGUUUGUUGAAGCCGAGAGAGAUCAUAUUAACUCCACUCUCAAGAAACUUUAUCCACUGCUGGAGCUGUCCAUCGUUAAAAACAACUCAACCGUAGACAUCAUGAAGACUUUCGAAACGUCGCACCUAGUGGCCAUUGAAGGCAUGCACAAGUUUUCUUUCGUCCCUAAGAGUCUUGAUAUGAAGAAGAGUGACCGGCGAACGGCAUACGGGACCAACUCAGAGCCAACACCGCCACCUAGCGCACCAAGGCCAGAUCCCAGCUCACAGUCUGAGAAGCAAAAAGCCAGCGUCAACUCCCGGUACCCUGCCAACCGAAUCUACCUGGUGUCCACGGACUUCAGUGCCCAGCAGCCAAUGGACAUGUCGGUCAAGAAGGGCGAAAUCGUGGGCAUCAUCAAAGAGCAGGACCCGACGGGAAGCGGACAGAAGUGGUACGUCGACAACGGAGCAUCCCAAGGGUUCAUUCCGUCCUCUAUCCUUCAAGCUGUGGGCGGAGAGACAACGAGCCCGGAAGGUUACGGCAGCGACGACGACUGGAAUGCAUUCACUCGAAUGCAGCAGCAAGCGCAGUAUUAUUAUGCGGAGUGGGAGUUCACGGCGUCGGCAGAGAAUGAGCUGACGCUGACCGAGAGGGAUGUGGUCCAGCUGAUCUCGGACCAGGACAUCGAGGGCAACUCGGAGUGGUGGCUGGUGGACAAGAACGGGCAGCGCGGCUACGUGCCCUCGGCGUACCUCGCCAAGAUUGACUGAAUCCGGCCCAGUCGGUGAUUAUACCUGCCCAUUCCAAGCUUCAAAUAAAAAUACAAGGGUUCCCGCAGUCAUGAAAAAUCCUGGAAAACAAGUCGUUCCGAAAAGUCACAGAAAUUUGCAGAAAAGUACGUUGUCCUGAAAACCUGUUGUCAGAAAAGUCAUCAAAAAGUCACAGAAAUCAAGAUCAUCCAAGGGUUAUUUUUGAUAGGCCACUUUUGUUGUGAAAAUGAAAUAAUGAUAAUUUGACAAGCUAUUGUAGUCAGUCUGUAGUCUUGGCUUUGGCAGUCUUCCAUUCACAAUACCACACAAGUUUUCCCUGCAAAAGGGCAUCAAAUGUCAUGACAAUCGUCAUAUUUUGGCCUGGGAAAAUUGCGGAUAUGUCAUGGAAUUUUGUUUUUAGAAUUCUGUAGGAACCCUGCUUACAACCCCUGAUGCCCUGUUAUCAGGAUAUUUCCAUAUUUCAGCUUUGUUGCUUUCACAGACCUUGUCUCUAAAAUCAAAGCCACUUGAAGGCCUCUUCAAUUUAAACAACUUGUAAAUAUCUCCAUCUUUGAGUUGAUAAUGGGCCGUUGGAGCUGUGAACUUCAAAGUCAGGGUAGUGAUAGACACAACCUGAGAUGUAACCACGGUUAGGCAGAACCGUAUCGUUAAAACUCCCCAUUGGUGAAAGACGUUAAAAAAGAUUGUAGAAUAUUCUGGGCAUUAACAAAGGGAUCUUUGAGCGACAACUGGCGCUUGACAUUUUUUCUUUUUACUGUUAUAGUAGACAUGCAUGGCCUUUUUCCUGCCUUUGAAUCCACCUCUGACUUUCUAAUUAGUUUCACUUGUUUCCUAGUUGGAAAUAAAUCAGAACACUUUGGACUUGGACCUGGCAUUCAGCCUCACUAGAGCAGGUGAUGAGAUUGCAUAGAACUUGACACGGGAGACUAGACUCUCAAGACAUUAAGCCUGAAGCCAGUGAUGAAGACAUAUGGGAAAGGUGGGUGACCUGCGUAGAGUGGUAUCGUGCUUGGACUGGUGUCAUGUUACCUGUGCAUGACCGGCAGAGGGUGCUCUCCAGUUUGUCCACAGUGGGCAAGUCCAAGUGACGACCUUUGAUCAAACAGCUGAUCCAUUCUGGUACCCAGGGCAUAUUCUGUGCCUUGUUACCAAGGACAAUUGACCUGUGGUUGACAGACUGUCCCUGAUCUAACUUAGCCAGCUGUAAAGGUGGACUGGUCCCAGGUUACCCACAAUACUUAGAGUGUGAAGGGAAGGUUAGAUACCAGACUUUACUGUAUAAUGGUUGAUCCUGACCAACUGUGGAAAUGCCCUUGCACUAACGGCGAAGAGUAAAAACCGAAAAAAUAUGAUUGUUGUAGUUGAGUUGCUACUUAUGUACAGGGCUUAUGAAAAAAGUUGAUUUGUAUUUUUUUUACUCCAUCCUUAUUGCCCAGUCUUGCCUGGAAAGACAGUUGCACAAUUUUUAAAAAAAGGUGACUCCUGGCUCUGCAAUUGUAGAACAGCUGAGACGGGUCUUUCAUAGUCAGUGCUUCUUUUUAGACGGACAUGUGUCUCAGAACUAUGAAUACAUUAAUUGACUGGACAUUUACCCAUUGAAAUGGGGAGUAAAAGUGUUUCUGCUAAUUAACAUUUGCAGAUUAGGACAAAGCUUUCUUUUUGAACGAGAUUGCAAAUCAGAAAUACUGAACCAUAAUUUUAAAUUACAUAUGUAAGAAAAACUAUGUCUGAGCCCAUAAAUUUGUUUUGAAAGAACUUGAUGUGAAAAACAGUUACAGUUGAUUUAGUGAGACAGAAUCAUUAGUUAUUAUGAAACUUGCAAGGAAGGUUGGUCUCCUUCAAGACGGCGAGAUGAUAUCGCAUGGUCGCACAGUCUGCCUGAACAGUCUCUACCAAUCAGUUUACAAGUGUCAAUCACCCUUUAAUCAUCGUUCCAGUUCUGUUCCAGUUUUGUCGGAAGAGCACAGUACCUGCCACGCUGAACUGCUGGUCCCAUUAUUGUGCAGUACCCAUAGUCAGUUCACAAAUAGAACCGUGGCUUUUUAAAAAAUAGUUUUCAACGAAUGUUUCCUCUUUUUCCAAUCAUGUUUGUAAACAUUUGUUGAUUGCAAAAGGAAAAGUUCUGCGUUUGGCUAAAUUAGAUUUUAACAGGUGUUUUUAUUUAAACGUGUUUAUAUUAACUUUUUUGUGACAGUGCCGGGUUAUGCUCUUUAUUGUCUUUUGGUCAGUAUUGUUAAAAAGUUUGGUAUUAAGCUCAUUUUUUAAGACAAAACCUGCAUUUUCCAUUCUUUUUACUAUUUUUAUUGCAGGAGAAGGUUGUCAAGUCGUGAGAGUUGAGUAAUUCAGUUUUUGUGAAUGAUUUUGGAUGAAUGAAUUCCAAAAUUGUAAUGGACAGGAAUCCCUGGUUCAGAGGGGAACCAUUUAUUCAUAUUUUGCAUCAACUAGGAGAAUGAAAAGGAGGUAUCCGUUUUACGGCUUAUCAAAUCUUUGCCUUCUUAAACUGUGUCUCAUACAAAAGGCCUAUCUUAAGGAGAUUUAAAAUCUAUUAAAAAAAUUAAUAUGGCUGCCUUAAGGCCAGUGUUGUAGUCGAGACCAGUCGCAAGUAGCCGGGUGAACAGUGACCAGGGGCAAGUUCGAUCAAGGUUCCCUAGUUAACUAGUGGUUGAUUCAUGACGUACCUAGCGCAUGUGCAGUGAAGUUGAAGUGCGAACGACCCUAGUCAACCGUUGUCAGGUCGUUAGACCGAAGGAGAUCAAAGGUGGCUGCAGGCAGGGUAAAAAGCCAAAUUGAAAGUGGUCGUUAUUAGUGAAAUACUGUUUUCCGGCAUUUUUCUUAUAACUGGUCCUCUCUGCACUGCGCUAUUAAAAAUAGUUUAUGGCAACCAACGACGCGACCACUCCCGGUAAGCUGGUCGCGAAUAGUUGACUAGCCUAGUCCAACCAUCGUCGACUACAGUGCGAUAGAGAUAGUCGAUGAGAGAUAGUCGAACUCUGGUUAACUGUGGUCCUUGAUCGAACUUUCUCUAUAGAAUGCUUUUGUUCGAGUUCAUUUGAAUGGCUUGGAACUUGGAUUCAGACUAGAAGUCUUGUCGUGAUCUUAAGAGGUCAUAACUGCAACACUGCUUGAAGCAAGAUCAGAUUUCGUGCAAAAAGUCGCCUAAAAGGUUAUAUCUUGUACUUGUCCACUCAGGUAUUUCAGUUGUGGCAUUGGUGGAUGAAUUUCACUCGAACCUACAGAUCAUUCCACGGCUCACAUUUUGAAAUAGUUUAACCAUGAUAUCGGAUUGCCUUGGGCCAGAUGCUUAAAAAAUGUUCCAAUAUGUGACCCACCGUUCCAAAUCCGGGCCGAAGAUGUUCACGUUAUUGUCUGGAAAAAUAAUACCAUUACACAAAGAAACAAUAUACAUUCCACAAUGCUUAUCUUCCAUAGCUGCGAAAGGUUUCUGUAGAUAUCUUUCACUUUCGAUCACUUUGAAGUAUGGAAAUCAAGAGUGGUGAAGAGGAACUGUCAACCAUCAAACUUACCUACUUCAGCCACUUCAUCUCGUUUGAGAAUGGUUGGUGAACAUGUUUAAAGAAAAGUGAUAAUACUGUGAACUGUAGGAUCCAGGAUAUUUAGCAUUAUUCAUCAAUUUUUCUGUUUAGACAGAAGAACGUGCAGUUCAAAAGCUACACGAUGGCCAACUUGAACUUGCAUACUGUGCCAGCACGUGGGCACUGUACAGCAAGCGCCAGAGGCCAUGCUAGUUUAUAUAAAUGAAACUUUUUGGGGCAUGUUUAGUUUGGGGGAAAAUUGUGAGUAAAGAAAAGUACUGAUCGGUUUUCCCCCAAAGAUGUAAUCAUUUCCCUGUUGUAAUUAUGACUAACAUGUGAAGUUGCCCCUUUUGUGAUAUCCCGUUUGGGGGAUAGACCUGAUGGUAAAAUACCCCAUAGUGAAAUGUGUGUGUCAACUUAUAACCAAGCAAUAAUCGUAUCUCCAUACAUGAAUUGAGUAGAUAUAGAAAUAUGAAAAAAUCAAAAUGAUAUUUUUUGGUCUACCUAACUCGACAGUUUUAAGUUAGGCGUAGAUACCGGUAUUGUGUGAAAUAGAAUGAAUGCUUAUUCCCAGUUCCUACUAAACCCUAAUCUUUAAAGUACACCAUAUGAUAUGUACCUUUAAUAUUGAACUUAGUAAUGUGUGUCGUAAAAGCCUCCGUAGUAAUUCACUGUCCCAAUUUAUUUACUCUACAAGUUGAUCACAAAAAUAGUACUUAAAUUAUUGUUUCAACGGAUUCUUUCAUAUACGUACAACGAGUGAAAUACCAUUGCCUCCCGUUGUAAGUAGCAGAUGCUCGGCAGAUAUAGGAAAACAAGCUAGUAUUCGUAUGAAUCUUCCAUUUGCUCGAGGAAUAUCCGGUUCGUAAGUGUGACGUCACAUCAGUUUGAAUCACACCCAUUGCACACAGAGCUACACGGAACCGUGGAACCAGAAUUUGACGUGUUUUUUUCGUACUCAACCAAUGGGAGCUUCCAGUCAGUGACGCGUGCGCGCGUAUGACAGCUCACUCACGAACUGGAUAAUGUGGCCGUACGUCACCGAAACGUCUUGUGUUUUUUCAUGAGUGUGCGCUGUUAAUUUUUGAUAACCAAUUUGGUACUUUCUUUCAUGUGUUGGAACUCAGCGGUCGUUGUACUUAUUUACUCAGUGUGUGCCAUUCAUGAUGUUAUUGUCGUAUCAAGUUUUUAUAAUUCAUUAUUUAUCCAAAGUUUUCUUUGAGGUAUUGCCUGAACUUUUAGAUGGUGUGCCCACUUCGUUUAGUGGUGCAGGUGGCUAGCCGCUCCUUAAUAAUACGUUUGAUCAUUGUACUUUGUGUAAGUACUAUUUUUAAACAUAUGGAACGUGUGCAUGUGAAGGUAGGAUAUCUUCUCUCAGUGUAUCCUAUUGCCUUUUUGUCGUUUUCUAUACAUUACUAUAUAAUACUAUCUAUAGUCUCACCUAUAGUUUUACCCAUGUGACUUUCACUAAAAUAGCAACAAGUGUAGCGUCUGUGCUGUAACUUACGGAUCUAGACUUCGAGGAAUAGACUGUUCCGAAGAGAUCACGCGCUUGACGGGCGCGUGUAUUUCGACAAGUCAGACCAUCCUAUUGGUCGAAGAGGCAUGCCGACGCGCGCGUACCACCUGUCCACGAGCGUUGUGCCAUCGCAGUAAUGGCUUAUAUGGCUGGUUGCCAAAUUACAUUAUAGGGACAAACUUAUUCAGUCUGACCUGCAUGUAUAAUUUUACUUAUAAAAACCUUCAGGAGUACCUGUAGAAACAUAUGGACACGUUUGUCGGUCGAAGAUAGAGAACAUACAGAAUGAAUGUGACAAAUGGAUUCCUACUGCCUGUCAUCGUACCCAAAACGUUUUCAUCCACCUAUAGAUACCCCCCCCCCAAAGUUUCAGACACCUGCUGUCGGGUGGGUGUCUGGUUCCAACGUAGCACCCUAUGGGUCUGGCUGCAGACUAGAACAAGAAGCCCUAAUAAUGGCAAACCAGUCUGCCAGCUUAGUGUAUCCGACUCCAGCAGAAGCAUCCCUUCAUCGGAUGAAAAGAGCGAUGUUGGUCGGGAGUGUUCAUUUUGGUGGUGAUGUGACCGUAACGUCGUAGUCGUUCGUGAACCAGCCAAGUUCAGUUCCGCCAAAGGAGCCUCUGUUGCUGAGAAAAAAUGCGCCCUCUCUUGGUCCAGCUCGAGGCUCAUACUGGACCCUUAAUCUGAUCAGUGCGUAGCACAGUAUUCACUCUCUCAUUCUUUGCAGAACAUGGCAAGAGCGUCCAGAACUAAUACACCGAAUUACAUUCCGUGCAUAUUCGUGCUGGAGUUUUUUUAGGGCAGGCACUUGCUUGAAGUAUCAAUGUUGUUUUGGGUCAUUUGUAGGUGCCGUAUGGACGCCAUUCGUUGCGCAAACAAGCCAAUUCUACAUACACCAAGGUACAUUGGUAUCAUGCGUAGUUUCAGUUUAGAAGUGCAGGUUUUUAAAGCAUUUCAUCGUUGAAAAAUGACUCAACGUACAAUUGACUUCGAAUACUGAGAACAUCAAAGAACAGUCUUCGAGUAGUGCAGCAUAUUGAACAUUCACAUCCCUUGAUCGGUGAUAUUGUAAAUGACAUGUUUUUGUAUUAUUUGCUGACGUAUGUUUUAAGCUUUGCCCACGAAAUGCAAUAACUUAAAUUGUGGCUACUGUAUUAAUAUGCAAACCAUUUAUAUAGUUUAUAUGUGUCCAUAGUAUGUACAAAAUCUAUGUGCUUGUAUUAGGGAAGUAUCUAAUGUACACGAUUGUUCCUUAACGCAAUAUAAACGCGUGACGUUUUGGUUGUAAAGGUUCAGCCCAUUUAUACCACAAUAAGUGUGUCGUGAAAAAGUGAAGUGUAAUUGUAUAUUUUGUUGUAUAAUAUUGCGAUGGGUGAUAUUUUGUGGUAACUAUAGCUAUAGUAUUGAAUUCCAUGGCGUGGUGCAUUUGUUUGAGAUUACAAUUCCAAGUUUGUACGAUGAUGAUUAUUCAACGCGAUCUCUGUUCAGGUUUGCUGAAGUCCUUUUAAUGCAUGCAGAACACGGAGAACAAGACCCGAGUUUAACUCGAGUGUUCGGUAAAGUAUUUACCACGUGUUUGUUACUUGCUCGGUAUACAUGGAGCACAUGUCCAUCACUUGUUUGUAAAAUGUAAAUCUAGGUAUUACGUUGAUAGGCCUAUUGCACGGUCACCAUUCUUGCUUCGCUUGUCAAGAACUCUCCAUCUGGAGACUGGUCACCAGCCGUAACAAGAGGGAGUUGCAGAUCUGGUGGUCUGGCUACCAAACCACACCAUUUGCACGUUCCCAGUGCUACACGGUGUCGCGAUAAACCAAUGUUGAAGUGCACCAGUCACUUUUUUUGUGCUCUACCGCUUCGGCCUUGUUAAGAGACAAAUCAAAAGUCAUUCAGUACUCUCCUUGACGUUAAUUACUAUUAAAAGUAAAUGCUGGAACUCCAGUGUGAAUUGUCUUAAAAUGAUCUGCCAUCAAUAAAUAACUGUUAAAUGUCAAUACCACGUUCCGUGUGUCAUGCUAUUAAAUGAGGUCGGUAGUAUGGUG